AGCAUCAUCGGCGAGCGCAUCUGCCAUCUGCACGUCGAUUGCACGUCCAAUGUCAUCCAUGCCGCCGCCACUUUGUUCAUUCCACUGCCGCCUCUUCUCCUUUCAGUCUUUUUCGAGGUCAUUGCUGCGGAAUGACGGCAAGCACUGUACGAUUUUUUGCAGUGCUCGUUCAAGGUCGCGUCCUCAGUUGGUGCAGUCAAUUUAGCUGUUCACAAUAUCGGUCCUCUGUGUUUCCUCAACGUUGACUUCGAUACUCACUCUUCCUUCAGCGUGUCAACUGGGUGAUGAUUCUGGUGAUUGCCUCUUGCAUCGCUCAUCGUUUGCGAUCUACUGGCCAAAGUUGACCACAGCCUCUCACACCAGGCUCGUUUACUGUGAUAUACAGUCGCAUACGCUUCCUCUGAUCGAGUCCGAUCCCAUUUCCCCACGCCUUACUCGAGCCUGGUUUCCGACCACGCCCAAAACACCUCGUUUCGCCUGUGCCUUCAGACCAUUUUACUACAUUAAGAGAAAGGCCGGGGCAUAAACAUAGCGCUGUAUGUUCGCCAAAGGAGGGUUUCCAGGGCAUACAAGAGUCUUGUGCCGACAUAUCAGCGGCAGAAAUAUGUGCGAGGGGGUCUGAUCCCAGACUUUGUUGGCCCUCGGUGCAGGUCACCGCACAGAUUACUCUGACAGUGUGGCAGAGGAACAGCGUUGUGUGACCAUCACCCCACCGAGCCCUGCUGCAACAACAUUUCCUGGCGGAGUAGGCCAGCAUGUCGAGGCCUACUUCGCCUCAGAACUUGGACUCGGAGAGACGCCACAGAACUCCCACUCCUCCGUCAAAUUCCGGUCAAAAUGCUCAGGAGCUUAAACCUGUCACUCGGCCUGGCAUCCAACGCCCUCCGUCUUGGAUCUCCAUGGUGCCAGCGCAGGCCCACGUGAGCAUGUUCACGGGGAGAACUGAUGGGCCUUCUCCUGGGCCAGCUUCGAGGCGAAGUGAGGAUGAAUCGGCGACCCUGAGCCCGGGCUCCAUCAAUCGCGUGUUCCCUGUGCGUUCUGCCGUCUCAAUUGACCCCAUUGUCACACCGCUGCCGCGGACAGAUACCGGAGGCGGCUUUCCAGGAUUCAGGUUGGCUUCAGGUGGAAGGGGUUCUGACCGGACAGGGGGAUCAGGCGAGGCAUGGACAACGACGCGAGAUUCCGCGGAUUCUUCUCGACGAAACUCAGAAGCCGACUCUGGCGCUGCUGCUACUGCUGCGGCUGCGGCUGCCAACUCGAGACGACGCUCCGAUACCAAGACCGUUAAUGUCGACGGUGUGACCCUCACCAAGAUUUUAAGCGAUGACGCAUCGCACAAGUCGGAACAUUCGGCUACAUCUGGAAGAGCAUCUGUCGAACCCGGGCAGGAGUCCGCCGGCUUGGUCACAGCACGGUUCAAACACGUGGUCACGGACGGAGGCCAUGCUGUCAUCACUGGUAGAGAUGGCGAUACUCUGCAACGGUGUGAAGACGAGCCUAUACAUAUCCCCGGCGCAGUUCAAAGUUUCGGACUCCUAGUGGGACUGAGAGAGGAAGGCGAGCGACUCGUUGUUCGUGUGGCGAGCGAGAACUCUCACCGGAUCAUCGGGUAUACUCCUCAGCAGCUUUUCAAGCUUGACUCUUUCCUUGACAUCUUCAGCGAAGAACAAGCCGACAAUCUACUCGACCAUCUUGAUUUCAUCCGGGACGAGCGCGCCGCUGACGUCGUGGCCAAUGGCCCGGAUGUUUUCAUGAUUGCUCUCAAACCUCCGGGAAGUCGGACGCGGAAGCUGUGGUGCGCAAUGCACAUGCCCGAGUCUGAUCCAACCAUGAUUUUAUGCGAGUUUGAGAUUGAGGAUGACCAGAUCAACCCGUUGGUUCCGGCAGAGGACAUGACUCCUGGUAUGCCUGAAGACACGCUAAAGAGCAAUCCAACCACCGAGGAGUUUAUGGACAGCACCGUGAAUAUUAGCAAACCUCUGCGCAUCUUACGAAGUGCUCGUAAGAAACGGACCGAGGCCGCAGCGAUGGAGGUGUUUAACAUCAUGUCGCAGGUCCAAGAGCAGCUCGCAACUGCUCCCACCUUGCCCAUUUUCCUCAAGGUACUGAUUGGCAUCGUCAAGGAAUUGACAGGCUUCCACCGUGUCAUGAUUUAUCAAUUUGACCACACCUGGAAUGGCCGCGUGGUCGCUGAAUUGGUUGACCCUAGGACGACCAAAGAUCUGUACAAAGGUCUCCAUUUUCCAGCCUCAGACAUUCCCAAACAAGCGAGAGACCUUUACAAGAUCAACAAAGUUAGGCUCUUAUACGAUCGAGACCAGGAAACUGCUCGCUUGGUAUGCAGGACGAUGGAGGAUCUUGAGAAGCCGCUUGAUAUGACCCAUGCGAACUUGCGAGCCAUGUCCCCGAUUCACUUGAAGUAUCUCGCGAAUAUGGGCGUCCGAUCCUCCAUGUCCAUCUCUAUCAACGCAUUUAAUGAAUUGUGGGGUCUGAUUUCCUGUCAUUCCUAUGGACCCAAGGGCAUGCGAGUGUCGUUUCCCAUCCGCAAAAUGUGUCGUCUAGUCGGCGACACAGCGUCUCGUAAUGUCGAGCGCCUUUCAUAUGCUUCCAGGUUACAGGCACGCAAGCUCAUCAACACAACUUCUUCAGCCACCAACCCUUCCGGAUACAUUGUCGCUUCAUCCGACGAUCUUCUGAAGCUCUUCGAUGCCGACGUCGGAGCAUUGUCUAUCCGUGAUGAGACCAAAAUUCUGGGCAAUCCGCGUGGUAAUCUUCAGGAGGUCCUUGCAAUGAUCGAGUAUCUACGAAUGAGGAAGGUAACGUCAGUCUUUUGUUCUCACGACAUCGCCACCGACUUCCCUGAUUUACGCUAUGAACCUGGCUGGAAAUUCCUUGCGGGCGUUCUGUUUGUGCCUCUUUCAAGUGGUGGCAACGAUUUCAUCGCUUUCUUUCGCAGAGGCGUCCUACAGGAAGUGAAGUGGGCCGGUAACCCAUACGAGAAAUUUGUGCAGGAAGGAACAGAAGGCUACCUGGAGCCGCGGAAGAGCUUCAAAGCAUGGAGUGAAACAAUUAUUGGACGAUGUCGGGAUUGGACCGAUGAGGAAAUCGAGACAGCCUCGGUCUUGUGCCUGGUCUACGGCAAAUUCAUUGAUGUAUGGCGACAAAAGGAGGCAGCCUUGCAAAAAUCACAGCUCACCCGACUCCUUCUUGCAAACUCGGCGCACGAGGUCCGAACGCCGCUGAAUGCCAUCAUAAACUACCUGGAAAUAGCGUUGGAGGGACAAUUGGACCAGGACACGCGCGACAACUUGUCCAAAUCACACUCUGCCUCCAAGUCGCUGGUUUAUGUAAUCAACGACCUCCUCGAUUUGACGAAGACCGAGGGUGGUCAAAACUUGGUCAAGGAGGAAUCCUUUGAGCUCCUGCUUACUAUGCAAGAAGCUACAGAGCCAUUUGUUGGAGACGCGAAGCGCAAAGGCCUGACGUACGACGUCCGUAUAUCAAACGGACUGCCACGGCAUGUCAUUGGCGAUCAGCGGCGAGUUCGACAGGUCAUAUCGAAUCUCAUUGCAAAUGCUAUCCAACACACCCAUGCAGGCCAGGUAAUGGUGGAAGCCUCGGUCCUAUCGACAUCGCAAUCUCAAGGUAAGACCGAAAUCGAGAUUGUGGUUGAGGAUACCGGGGUAGGCAUGUCGCAUGAAAAAGUCGACGCGCUCUUCAGGGAACUUGAAGAAGUCACUUACGAGGAGGAGCCGAAAGCCUCUAAAUUACUUUCGGAAGACCCGUUUACAGAGCAAUCUGGACAUGACCAAGUGGCAUUGGGCUUAGGACUGGCUGUUGUGGCCCGCACCAUUCGAAACAUGAACGGCCAACUACGGGUCAAGACGGAAGAAGGAAAAGGUUCCCGGUUCGUCAUCGUCCUGGCUUUCGAUACCGAUCCAAAAGAGGUCGGCCAAGAUGAAGAGCCCUCAUCUCAAUCACUGGACUCAUCUGAUCCCCCUGUUGUACCAUCUUCAGCAUUGAAAGAGGGCGAAGUCACUUUGGUCUACAGAAAUCCGGCCAGUCGGGGUGAGUCCAGCCCUGUGACACGGAAAGAAAGCCUCGACAGUCUGAAGAGCCUUACAAGCUUAAAGAGCGGCAAGAGUGCUCUCAGCAUCCGAAGUGAGGCAAGUCAGAAAAGUGACGCAGACAGGCUCAUCGAUGCCAUUCAGGAGCCAUUGAAAAUCUCCUCUGAAAAGAUUGGAAGCCCCGGCAAGCAGCACCGUUCGUCCUUUUCUACAAGCAAUUCCCAAUUGGUCAGUCCCAAGUUGAGGCACAGCAAAGAGCUGAAAUCUAGCCUGCACAGAUCACCGGGCAUGAGGGAAAUCAAAGACUCAGGCACACCUCUUCGACCUGUUCGGGUGCCGGACGAUUAUCAAGAAGCCGACGACGCGGCUGGACACAGGCCUGCUGUGAAGGUGGUUUUUGAGGAGUCUGGGUCCGUUGGGGCACCGUCUGUUUCGACUGACGUGGAAGCUUCGCCUUCUGCCGACAACUUCUCCAUCCUCGUGGCAGAGGACGACCCCAUCAACAGCAAGAUAAUGCAAAAGCGUCUGGAGAAGCUUGGCCAUUCAGUGCGUAUGACUGUCAACGGAGAGGAAUGCGCAUCGGCCCAUGGCGAGCAACCGGCCGCCUUCGAUGCUAUCUUGAUGGAUUUGCAAAUGCCAAUAGUGGAUGGAUUCAGCUCGACCAAGAUGAUUCGUUCAUUCGAGAAGACACACCCCAACACAAGUCUCUCGAGUCGAGCUCGGCUCAACAGCAGAAUUCCCAUCUUUGCAGUCUCCGCAUCACUAGUUGAGAAGGAGCGCGACCGGUAUAUCCAAAGCGGGUUUGACGGAUGGAUUCUUAAACCAGUCGACUUCCGCCGAGUUGACGAAUUGCUGCGAGGGAUUGUUGACCCAGAAGCACGGGCUGCGUGCCUGUACGAGUGCGGCAACUGGGAACGCGGAGGAUGGUUUGAAGCGCGCAACGAGAAAAACGACGCUUUUCAAAUCGAUACGAAGCCGAGCCAAGAGAAGCCCACUGCGGAGACUGAAAGCGCAAUGCCCGGCGUAGACGGCGUCUCUGAAGGCAUGUCAGAAGCCACGGUAUGACAGCCAUCAUAAGAAUCCCACGUACCCCGAGGCCAGUUUUAUACGAACCUUGGAUCCCAACAAACAGCCAUCCCAUACUGAAAUACAUGCUGGUUGCGUCCCAGGGUUGCGUCACCGAUUUAGUUGUUCAGACCAUUCAAGGCUUUUGAGAAUCCACACGAUGUCACGACGUUACGGCGGUGCAUAGCCUUCAGUUUGAUGUCUGCUUCACGAUAUGGCCUCGCCGGCAGCUUUCGCCUCCCCGCCAGGCCAGGGGGAUGGUAUUCUUGCGUUUGGACCAAGUGUAUACUUACGACCUGAGAACAAGACGAUUUAAGAAUGGAUGCGACCAAGGACCAAAGACUGGAUGCCAGUGGAGAACUGCCAGCAAAACCGAUAUGCAUCCAUUAGGAUAUGAUAACUAUCCAUACCCACCUGCAUUUGUAUCAACACCAACCGCGGUUACUUCGGGCACCAAAGAGCAUAAAAUGACGGUCAUAGGUGCAUCGACAACCGACGCAGCAUUGGCAUUAGACACAUCACCCCUAUCAUCAGACAACGAAACAAUCAGACUACUGUUCGCCUACAGUACCUACUUACCUAUUGCCUUACCUAGGUAUUAGUUGUAUCAGCAAUAUUCCUGACCAACUCCGUUUGUUCGUGGUCUUUGUGUUGUUACCGUUUACAGUAUCAAGCAUCCAGUGGUCCAUGAAAGCUUCCAGUGUUGUCGGUUGCAGGGCAGCUUUGAGAGCAGCAAGCCCUGGCGCUAGACGUUACAUUACGUACAGUAGAUAUGAUACAGUGAUUGAUGGCAUAGACAUGAUAUGAUACCUUAAUCAAUGGCAUGCAUCCAUAACAUUAUGAUGUGUAUAUAUUUCCUAUCUGCUGCUCACAGAUAGAUAGAUGCCUCGAUUGCAUACAUGGAUG